AUGGCCUACGAAAAAUCAGCUGAUAUCUUUGCUAUCUCCAGGUCGAUGUUCAAGUACCCAUGGCUGGAAUACCCAGAAAGGACCAAAGAACUCAGAAAAGUCAUGGCUCCUGUUCACCUGCCCUUGUCCUGCUACCAGAUGCCAAAGGAAGAGUUUCCCCCCAGUCCAGAGUGCUGGAGGCAGCACCCAAGCAAACCACAUUCAGUGCCUUAUUGCUACUUCAAGAAGCCUGAGAUCUACACACACUGGCACACUCUGUAUGAUCAGCGACAGGAACGGGAAGCCCAGAAAAUGUUGCGGAAAAUGAGAGAUCACCCUAGGCAACUCAAAGAGGGCACGCCCAUCCAAAAAUUCCAUCUCCCUAUGAGCAAGCUGACUGUAAAAUCUCAGGCAGGAUCCAAGCCCUCGGACCCUACUGGGAACUCCCUGAAGUGGCAAAGAUUAAAGGAACUCACAAAAAGCCUGGAAUCUCCCAGAGAGCAGGAGCAGUUCUAUGCAGCACAGGCUCUGGGACGCCUUGGCGUCAGUGACAAGCUUGUCAUGGAGGCACUAUGGCAGGUGGCCCAUACUGGUCCAGAGAAAGUGAAGUAUGAGGCCUGUCGAAGCCUGGCCAUGCUGGGUUGCCUGCAGAAGCACGUGAUCCAGGUUCUCAUCACACAGCUGAAGGGAAAAAAUGAGGGGCGAAUGAUGGAUUCUCUGACAGGGCUACGAGCGGCUCUGAACUCCUGGGCUGCUGUCCCCAAAGACAAGAGAACUCAAGUCGGGGAUGAAGAGAAGUUGGUACCUGUGUUGCAGAUGCUGAUAAAUAAGUCAUCGAACAAAGCAGCUGUGGAGGCAGCCCUGUGCUUGGGUUUCCUGAGGCCCUGCAGCAGCACAGCCCAGGAGUUCUUGCUGCACUGCCUGAGCCAAGGGUCUAAAAUGCAGCAGAUGAAGGCACUCAGGAUGCUGGUCAAGAUGAUGCACGUACACACGGCCACAGUCACCAGAGCCAUCCUAGACCAGCUGUGCUAUUCUCCUGUCCUCGAGCACCGCUUUGAAGCCACCCAGAUGCUCCAGACCGUUGGGCUGGAAAAGAUCCAGGCGCAAGGGCUGGAGGGAUUCACAUUUAACCUGCUCUGGAGGAAGACGUAUAAUGAACCUUUCCUUGCUAUGAGGCAGGCUGUGGCUGAAAUUGUGGAAGAGCUCAAGAUGAAGCCUACAAUGAUGAAUUUGGUGGAGGCGCAACUGAUGAACUCAAAUGCCACUGCACGCCAGGAGGCAGUCAUCUCUUUGGGCGUCCUGGGGAUCCGCAGCCCACAAGUGUACCACUUGCUCCUGGACAUGCUAGACACAGAAAAGAGCCAGGCUGUGAAGAAAAGUCUUCAAGAAACAUUAACUCUCUUGGCCUCAAUUGAUCCCUGGAUCCAAAACAAGCUGAAGAACAAGGUUCUCUGUGAAUAUGAGGCACUUAAGACUAGUGAGGAGGAAGGGCCUACGAGGUUUCGGAAAGAGCCUGAGAACCCAGAAGAGUUAACUAUCCAAGACUUCCGACUUGCACAGCUGAACCCCUUGUUUAUUGCGAAGUCCAGAGCCACACCAGACCAACAGAAAAAGUUGAGUGCCCAGAAAGGCUCUGCCUUCCCACCCUGUUUCUCUAAACCAAAACACAGGGCACCAGCCACAGGGCCCUGGGUACCAAGGAUAAGGAAGCAGCUCCGGAUCCUUGCUAAAACCUCCCAAUAG